AUGACUGUUGAACACGUUGUGCCAUCUAUUGCCGAAGAAUCGGUCCUCAAGGAAGAAAUAGUGUCUGAGGAAACUUUAGAACAACAGAUUCUCACAUUCCCCAUAUAUCAGCACUUUAUUGACUUGUAUGAAGAAUUUACAUCGACAAAUAAAAAGACCCUUGAUGUGGUUGAACGUUUAUAUCCUAAUCUCACUGGUGCCACAUUGUCGGGACCUCACAAAAUCGCUUAUCGAUCAAAAACUUUGUACUUUAUCGAUGAUUACCAUUUCCAGUACAAUGAGAUAACAGAACCUGAUGAUCAUGACAACUACUCGAUUACAUUUUUACAAUUGGGUGACGCUUUAUCAGGACACAGAGGUAUUGUCCAUGGCGGGUUAUUGGCCACUCUACUCGACGAAUUAACAUGUCGUGUGGGGUUUCUCAAUUUUGAAAGUAAACGUGGGGUUACAGCCAACUUGAAUGUCAAUUACAAAAAACCAACAAAAGUUGACUCAUGGGUAUGUAUCAAAUGUACUGUUUUAAAGAAACUCGGUAGAAAGUGUUGGGUCAAAGGUGACGUGUACUUGAUUGAUGAAACAAAGAAAAGUUUCGAAGAGUGUGAGUUGUUGACUGCAUGUGAAGUUUUGAUUGUUGAGCCAAAAUGGGUUGAUCAAUUGAAACAUUAG